CUGAAUGUUUACGGAAGGGCUUUAUCUUGCAGCAGUUGGCUAUUUAAACCUCAAGUAGUCUCUCGUGUCUGUCCAGUCCUGCAGCUCCUUUCUUGCUCAACUGACCCCUCGUUUUUUUUUGUUGCAAAAAUGGCCACAGCUGGUAAGGUCAUCAAGUGCAAGGCGGCAGUGGCCUGGGAGCCCAACAAGCCUCUGGUGAUGGAGGAGAUUGAGGUAGCCCCGCCUGAGGCCAACGAGGUCCGCAUCAAGGUUGUGGCAACCGGGCUGUGCCACACGGACCUGUAUCAUCUCUUUGAGGGUAUGCAUGAACAAGGCUUCCCAGCUGUCCUUGGUCAUGAAGGAGCCGGCAUUGUAGAGAGCGUUGGGCCUGGAGUCACUGAAUUUCAACCAGGAGACAAGGUGAUUCCUCUGUUCAUCGCCCAGUGUGGAGAGUGUCGCUUCUGUAAGAGUCCUAAGACCAACGAGUGUGAGAAAGGAUGGGCCGCUGAUAAUCCUGAUGUGAUGGCAUCACCAGAGUCCAGGUUUACCUGUAAGGGCAAGAAGGUGCUGCAGUUUAUGGGAACCAGUACCUUCUCUGAGUACACUGUGAUUAACCAGAUGGCUGUGGCUAAGAUCGACCCUGCAGCCCCUCUGGAAAAAGUCUGUCUCCUCGGCUGUGGUAUCUGCACAGGAUAUGGAGCAGCAGUUAAUACUGCUAAGGUGGAACCAGGCUCCACAUGUGCUGUGUUUGGCCUUGGAGCCGUGGGUUUGGCUGCAGUCAUGGGCUGCAAGUCUGCAGGAGCCGAGAGGAUCAUCGCCGUGGAUAUCAAUCCAGAGAAGUUUGAGAAGGCUAAGGUGUUUGGCGCGACCGACUUUGUGAACCCCAAGGAUCAUGAUAAACCCAUCAGUGAAGUGCUUGCUGAGAUGACCAACGGAGGAGUGGACUUCUCCCUGGAAUGUGUCGGGAAUGUGAAAGUCAUGCGCAGUGCCUUGGAGUCUUGUAUACCAGGUUGGGGCGUCAGCGUGAUUGUUGGCUGGACAGACAUGGAGGAUUUUUCUGCCCGACCCGUUCAACUCAUCUCUGGACGCACAUGGAAGGGUUCCCUGUUUGGAGGAUUUAAGAGUAAGGAUGGCGUGCCUUAUAUGGUCAAAGCCUACCUGGACAAGAAGGUGAAGCUGGAUGAGUUCAUCACUCACAACAUGGCCUUGGACAAGGUCAAUGAUGCCAUUGAACUGAUGAAAGAAGGCAAAUGCAUCCGGACAGUCCUGAGUGUUUCUCCACAGUAAGACCAGUGUGUGGCUUUCAGUGGCACCAAACUGAGUGAAUGACCUGCAGCUGUGUUUUACUGAAUCUAACACAAUGCAAUGCACAUUAUAAAGAGAUCUAUCAAAUGAUGUACAGUAUACGUGACUGACUUUGAACAAUCAACACUAUUCAAUGAACUAUGUGCAGAUUGUGAGAAUAAUCUGCAGUGUUCAUAUAAGCAGAUGGGAUGUGUUACUUCCUUGUUGGUGUUUUGGUUUUGCUGUGUUGUAUCUAGAUUUUGUCACUGGAAGUGUCUACAGUCAUGUUAUUAAACUCUUUUUUGCAUUGUG